UUUUAUGAAAAGGAAAGGUUUCCGGAAUCCUAUAGGGAAAAGGAUAAUAAACCAAAGAUGUAUAUAAAUGCAGAGAAGGGAAACGGGAAGGUACAUCUCUGCUCGCUCGCUCGCUCUCCAACAUGAUGAACGUGCUAGAAGCCGACGCCGAUCACUACGCGGCGUUGGGGCUGCCGUCGGAGGAAGAAGGGUUGAAGCUGUCGGAGAAGGAGAUUCACCGAGCAUACAAACGCAAGGCCUUCGAGCUCCACCCCGACAAAAACCCCGGCGACGAGGAAGCGAAUCGAAAGUUCCAGAAGCUCCAAUCGUCGUACGAGGUUCUCAAGGACGACAAACGCCGCAAGCUGUACGACGAUCGCCUCCGCGUCAAGAUUCUCAAGCGGCGGCAGCAGCAGCAGCAGGAGCGUCGACGACGUGCCAGCAGCCGCGCUGGACACGUGGCGGCGGCGGCGGCGGCGGAGGUGGAGGUGGACGACGAAUCAAUCGAGCGCCUUGCCAGAGAGUACGUGCAGCGGAAAAAGCAGGACAUGGAUGGUGGGAAGAAGAAGAAGACGACGGUGGACGAAGAAGGCCAGCGCCGGCUCCAAGAGAUUCGGGAGCUAAUAAUAAAGCAGAAGAUAGCGGCGGCGGCUCGUUAGACGGCAGAAUAGAGCAGCAGCGAAUCGUCCGUCGUCCUCUGUUUGCUGAAUAAAGAAAGACCACAAACAUGAUCGAGAUUAACUCAUUGAUUCAAUGUAUGUUAUUGAUGUAAUUUCAUCAGUAAAUUGUGGUUAUCAGU